CGUUAGCCAUCAGCCCGCGCACCGCGAUAAUUCGAAAUCGACUCGAUUAAAUUCGAGGACAUAUAACCAUUCAUUCCUAGAUCCUACGUUAAGCAGUCGAGGCCUAUAGCCCUAGGUCAAUAGGUUAUAAAACAACCAUGGCGAUAGACGACAAGGACAUGGUGAUUGGCGGUGCGUCGUCACCGGAGGAAGCGCAGGAAGGCAAGCUAUUGGAUGCCGACGCCAUCAAGUUGGCCGAGAUGGGCUACCGACAGGACAUGAAGCGGAAUUUCUCAGUCUGGACACUUUUAGGUGUUGGGUUUUCUCUGACCAACUCGUGGUUUGGUAUCUCGGCAGCUAUGAUCACCGGAAUCAGCUCCGGUGGCCCCGUGCUCAUCAUCUAUGGCAUCAUCUUCAUUGCCUUGAUCUCGAUUUGCGUUGGAGUCACCCUCUCGGAGCUGGCCAGCGCCAUGCCCAACGCAGGCGGACAGUACUUUUGGGCCAACGAGCUAGCACCCAAAAACUACGCAAACUUUGCGUCGUAUCUGACCGGCUGGUUUGCCUGGGCUGGUUCCAUCUUUACAUCUGCCAGCGUUGCGCUGUCUAUUGGAGCUGCUGGUGUGGGCUGCUGGCAGCUUGCACAUCCCGACUAUGAAAUCCAAGUGGGCCACGUUGUGGCUUCGUACCAAGUGUUUAACGCAUUCUCCUUCGUCUUCAACUGUUACGGCCGAGUUCUUCCCAAAGUAGCCACCGUCACACUCUACACCUCGCUCGUGUCCUUUAUUGUCAUUCUCAUCACCGUGCCCGCGCGAGCACCGACUCACCAGACAGCCAAGUUUGUCUUUGCCAACUUUGUCAACAACACGGGCUGGAAGUCCAACGGCAUUGCAUUUAUUGUUGGACUGAUCAACACCAAUUGGCCAUUUGCAUGUCUCGACUGCGCCACACACAUGGCCGAAGAAGUUGCGCAGCCUGAAAGGAUGAUUCCCAUCUCCAUUCUGGGAACCGUCGCCAUUGGCUUCUGCACGUCAUGGACAUACUGCGUUUCCAUGUUCUUCAGCAUGAACAACCUCGACAAUCUGUUUAGCACGCCUACCGAGGUGCCGAUCCUGGAACUUUUCUACCAGGCCCUCGGCAACAAGGCCGGCGCCAUCGUCCUCGAGAGUCUGAUCCUGGCAACUGGAAUCGGUUGUCUGAUUGCAAGCCAUACUUGGCAGUCUCGGCUUUGCUGGUCCUUUGCCCGAGACCGCGGUUUGCCUUUCCACAAGUUCCUCUCCCAUGUCCAUCCCAAGCUGGAUGUGCCCUUGCAAGCCCAUGCCGUCAGCUGCUUGAUCGUUGCCGCCGUCGGCUUCUUGUAUUGGGCAUCGUAUACCGCUUUCAAUAGUAUGGUCACGGCAUGUAUCGUCCUGUUAUACAUCUCCUACGCUAUCCCCGUCAUCUGCCUCCUCAUCCGCGGCCGGAACAACAUUGCUCAUGGCCCCUUUUGGAUGGGCCCCAUUGGUCUUUUUUGCAACAUUGUCUUGCUUGCCUGGACCCUGUUUACCCUGGUCAUGUUUUCGUUUCCGUCCGUCAAGCCGGUUACUGCUGGUACAAUGAACUAUGUCUCGGCCGUAUAUGGCGUCGUUGUAGUCAUUAUCAUCGCUGACUGGGUCGUCCGCGGCCGACGCAAGUACCGCUCGCAAGCCGCGCGGCACGAAGAAAUCGAACAGGUCCACCAAGAAAUUGCCGCCGCGCAUCAUGGGUCGUCUUCGAGACCAGGCACUUCUACUGCUGUCGACUCUUCUGCUGCUCCGAUUUAUCGCUGAACAUGAGUACAUUGAAACUUUCUUUUUUCUACUACUACUAGGCGCAACGUGACGUCUUUUACAUCUUAUCUUUGAUAUCUUGACAUCUCUUACAUUUUAUCUUUUAUAUCUCGACGUUAUGUAUACAAUUUAUUUCAUCUCGAUGUAUAAGAUCUCACAUU